AUGCAAAUUGACGAGGACCCCAGUUGGCAACACCUCAUCAUCGACCACUUAGUGAAUGGAAACCUGCCAACAGACAAGUCCGAAGCUAGGAAUGUCCAGCAGAAGGCCGCGAGAUACUACAUGCAAGGCGACAAGCUCAUCUGCAGAUCAUACUCCGACCCUCAUCUCACCUGCAUAAAGUACCCUCAAACACUUGGGGUCCUCUGCAAAAUUCACGACGGCGAGUGUGGCACCCACUCUGGGGGCAGAUCACUCGCCCAGAAAGCUCUAAACAUAGGUUACUUCUAG